GUAUAACUGAGUUGUGAUUGUUGUUGGUGAUUGAGAGAAGUGAUGUUCAAAUGAAUUAGCCUUGCUCAAGACAUAGUGGAUCAAGUUUCAAAUUAAGACGACCAUUCCUUUUUAUAAUUAGAAACAUAUUUUAGGUAUAAGCGACCAAACGAAAGUAAUUUUGUGAACCAGAACUAUUAGUUUAAUAUCAAACUAUAGUUUGAAAAACAUAAACAAAUAAAUUGAGAUAAAAUAUUGCCAACUGCACAAACCUAUCACGAUGACGACUGAGAAACUAUUGGCUGUUGGUGAUAUUGGGAGUUCCAUGCAACGUUUUGGAUGGGUAGAUUACGUAACCUUCAUUGGAAUGCUAGGAAUAAGCCUUAUAGUAGGUAUUUAUUUCGGAAUAUACAAGAAAUCAGAGACAGCACAGGACUAUUUGGUCGCUAGUCGAUCUAUGGGCAUAAUACCAAUAGCCAUGUCAUUGUUAGCUAGUUCAGUUAGUGGUAUAUCGCUUUUGGGAAUUCCCACCGAAGUGUAUGUUUAUGGAAUCCAGUAUAAUUAUAUCUUAGGAGGUUUCAUUAUUGCGUCAAUUUUAAUGGGAUACAUCUUCUUACCUGUAUUCCAAGGUCUACAAUUGACAUCAACUUAUGAGUACCAUGAAAGGAGAUUUAGCAAAGGUGUUAGAUUAUUUGGUUCAUUACUAUUCAGUAUUAAGAUGCUAUCUUGGCUGCCGCUAGUAAUUUAUGUGCCAGCUCUUGCAUUAAACCAAGUGUCGGGAAUAAAUGUUCAUUUUAUAACACCAACUGUUUGUGCCUUUUGUGUGUUUUAUACUUCGUUGGGUGGUUUGAAAGGAGUUGUUUGGACUGACGUAAUUCAGUUGAUACUAAUGUUUGGAGCUCUAAUAUUGGUGGCUAUCAAAGGUACAUUAGAUGUAGGAGGAUUUGGAAACGUAUUUAAAAGAAAUUGGGACAGUGAUAGAAUUGAAGGGCCGAAUUUUGAUUUAGAUCCCUUAGCAAGACACACAAUAUGGACUUUGGUUAUUGGAGGAACGUUUUUGGCGGUACAGACAGCAGGAGUCAACCAAAAUAUGAUUCAGAGAUACCUUUCAUUACCAUCUUUGAAACAUUCUAGAAGAGCCUUGGCAGUUUUUAUAGCAGGAUUAUUUUUAAUAGUGGGUUUUUCUUCAUAUUGCGGAAUGUUGAUCUAUGCUACUUACUAUCAGUGCGAUCCUUUAACCACCAAGUUGGCGAAAAAGAAGGAUCAACUAUUACCACUUUUAGUAAUGCAGAUUCUAGGAGACUUCCCAGGGAUUCCUGGUAUAUUUGUUGCUGGGAUUUUCAGUGCGGCUCUUAGCUCACUAUCAACAGGACUAAAUGCCAUGGCAGCCAUAGUUUUAGAAGACUUUUACAAGCCAUUCAUCAAUAGAAACAUAUCUGAAAAACAAAGUUUCUAUCUAAUGAAAUCUACGGUUAUCAUCACUGGAGCUGUCUGCAUUGGACUGGUAUUUCUUGUGGAGAAAAUGGGAACUGUUCUACAGCUGUCAAUGAGUAUUGGUUCGAUUGGUAAUGGACCUUCAUUAGGAGUAUCAGCAAUGGGAAUUCUUCUUCCAUGGAUCAACUCAAAGGGAGCAUUAUCGGGAGGUAUCGUUUCUCUUAUUUUUAUGACUUGGUACUGUCUAAAGACGCAGAGUUUGAUUGCUUCUGGAGGCCUAAAAUUUGAGGAAAAACCGGUGUCUACAGAAGGUUGUCAUUAUCAUUUUACUUCUACAGUUGUUAAACUGAAUAACAUAACUCAUACUGAUGAACAGUUCAUGAUCUACAGACUCUCCUAUUUAUACUACUGUAUGAUAGGAACGUUUGUAGCAAUGUUUGUUGGCUUCCUUGUGAGCGCACUAACCACACCCAAUGAUCCUAAGGAUGUCGAUCCACAGCUUUUGGCACCGUUUGUUAGAAAAUUAAUAAAGCCUAGAAAAUAUUCGAAUCAACCUUAUGAUGGCGUUACGUACGCCUAUGGACCUCCGAUAAAAGGAAUGAACAAUGAGAAGAAAGAAAUUAUGGAAGAAAAAUUAUGAUGAUAUUAUUUAAGGUACACUGUACUGUUUUUGUUAAAAAUUUGUUAAUUAUGUAUCUCUUUGUAAAUAAAACUUUUGUAAAGUUUUUUUUUU